UAUAAAAGAAACCGGACAAAGGCGACUGCUAUAUUUAGGCACAGCCGACAUCAUCAUGGUCCCUCCUCUGUAUAUUGUGUUAAUAGUUAUAGUUAUAUUAGAAAGUAGCACUGGGAUUGCUUUGAACCUGUACAUAUUCAAUGUCAAUUUGAAAAGCAUGAAAAGCAGGCAGAAAAUAAAACCGUGUGAUCUGAUCCACCUGACCAAAGGAUUGGUGAACGCCCUUCUACAGCUUUUCCUGACCAUGGAGAUUUUGAUGGUCCUUGUAUGGUUCCAGAAGUUCUUUGUGAAAGAAGUCUAUCUGACCUGCUUUGUUUCUCUUACUGCCCUUGGAUUCUUUGACUAUUGGUUGACCGCCUUCCUCUGUGCAUACUACUGCUCAACUAUCUCUAACCUCAGUUUUGUCGUCUUUACUUGGGUGAAGAGGUCCAUCGCAACGUUUCUCCCACAGCUUCUGCUGGUAUCAGCAAUGGGAUCCAUUCUCUUCAGUGUCCCUUCAAUCUGGCAGAUUUCUAUGACUAUUCAUGAACAACCUAUCUGGAAUUCCACCAACGAGUCCAUGAUUAUUGGUGGGACACUGUUUAUUGGCCCUGUUUUUGAAAUGACAGUAGGGAUUUUUGGUUGCUAUUUACCCUUUUUUCUUAGCCUCCUUUCGCUUACGGUAACUAUAUUUAGUCUUGUAAGACAUAUUAGGCAUAUCAGAGAUAUCAAUUCUAAUGUUGAUGGUCCUAAACUCGGGCCCCUCAUUAAUGCAACAAGAACAAUGUUACUUUUUCUCGCAAUCCAUGUAUCAUUUUACUUGUCUGGGUAUUUUUGUAUUUUAUCUUCAUCUGUUUCUAUAGACUUGAUGUCUAUCAUCAGCUGGUUCUUUUUGUUGUUUUGUCCAACUGCUGAAGCUCUCACUAUUAUUCAGUCCAGUUCAAAGCUGAGGGAUAUAUUUCAGGUAACUUUUUGUAGCACUAAGACAAAAAGCUAUAAUUGA